AUGGAGUCUUUUCAGCUAAGCAUCAGCAACCCCCUCACGCCUACGAGUCUGCUCAACGCAAUGGAUCAGAUGGAGGAAGAUGACGGUCCGACCGUUCUGCCCAACGGCGUUUAUGUUCCCAUGCCGGCCUUCUUCACUCCGGAUGACGAGCUGGACAUUCCCGCCAUCCAGCGGCACACAGCCCGUCUUCUGGCCGCCGGUGUCUCCGGUCUGGUCGUCCACGGCUCAAACGGCGAGGCAGUGCACCUCUCCCGCGCUGAACGCCGCGCAACCAUCAAGGCAGUAGCCGACACCGUCCGCCACGAGAAAACCGACCUCCACAGGCCAAUCCCCAUCAUCGCAGGCUGCAGCGCUCAAUCCAUCCGUGAAACUCUCGAGCUUUGCAUCGAAGCCUACGAAGCGGGCGCUACCCACGCCAUCAUUCUCCCUCCCGGCUACUAUGCCUCGCUUCUGACCAAGCCAGCCGUCAUUGACUUCUUCACGACCAUUGCCUCACGCUCGCCUAUCCCUAUCCUCAUCUACAACUUCCCAGCGGCCGCCAAUGGCCUCGAUCUCGACUCUGACACGCUGCUGACCCUCGCUUCCCACCCGCGCAUCGUGGGCGUCAAACUUACCUGUGGCAAUACAGGCAAACUCGCCCGCCUGGUUGCCGGUACCGCUUCCUCCGAGUUCUUCAUCGCAGGCGGUUCAGCCGACUUCAUCCUUCAGGGCCUGGUGGUAGGCGCGCACGGCACAAUAUGCGGCUUCGCGAACCUAGCCCCCCGGGCGUGCGUGCGCAUCUUCGAGCUAUGGGAGCAAGGGCGUAUUAAGGAGGCACGGACGCUGCAACACGAAGUUGCCAAAGGGGACUGGCUGGCGAUUCGGUACGGGUUUGUGGGUGUGAAGGCGGCGAUGCCUAUAUUCCAUGGGGAUGCGGAACGAGGGUGUGCGGUACCUCGGUUACCGUUUAAGCCGCUUAUGAAGGAUGGACCGGAGGUGGAGGAGAUUCGGAGGGGGAUGGAAGGUGUGCUGAGGGUAGAGAGGAGGUUGGCUGAGGAGGCGAGGGCUAGGGGAAGGUAA